GGGUUUUGUCUCUUUGCUUCACUCCAGCUGGACCCCACCCAUCUGCACGGACACACACACGCACCGAAAAAAACAGAAAGCAACAAAAACUUGCACAUCCAACGUUUGAAAGCUUGGGAGUCGGCCGUUUGUUGCGGGGAGAGAAACCCCAUCAGUGCUCCCUUGCAGGCCUCCGCCGCCAUUGUCCCUGCUGCAUCAGUCUUGAGUGCAGAUUUUAAAUAUUAGACAAGGAGGGUGAUGUCAUACCUCAGGUUACAUAAUGGCACCCCGCUAAGCUGUUCAUAUGUCAAGGAGUUAUUUUUGUGUGAAUAAUAACAUCUAUGGGAGGGGUCAACCUUUGAUUAAUGGAGCUGCUUUUAUUCAUGUUAUAAAUAAUAUGUGGUUCCCGUGGAGCGAGGCAGCCUUCUUUUCAUUCACAGGCAGCAACCAUUAAAUACGCCCUGACAGAUAAACAUCAGACAAAAGACAAAAUUGUGUUAUUAAAGUGUCUUUCAGGCUGAAAUCUCUCUUAAAUGGGGGAAGUUGAUUUUUUUCUCAAUUCGAAAGUGGAAAUCGCAACAACAAAAAGAAAAAUCAAUGACUUAAAAAGCCAAACAUAAUCCCCCCAUUUCCAUGAAUACUUUACACCCGGCCCCUAAAUUGCACUCACAUGUUGUUGCCACAUUCAGUGACGUGCUUUCCACAUUCAAAUCGUGUUGAAUUAAUACAUGCGCAAAUUGAAAAAACAAAACAGUGUGUGCUUAUAUCAAACCGGCUCUGAGGAGCUUCUAACAGCUAAAUCGUCUCUCUCCGAUGUCGAGGUUUCAAAACGCACGCAAACAUUUCUAAGCCUCACAACCAUGAAUUAUCCUGCAGAGUCAUUCAUCUUCUUCCUCAGUAACAUAUAAUUGCAGAACAGCCGAGGAGGCUUGCCUCAUCUCGUACUGCAAUAACGUCCGCUCUUCUGAAGAAUUCUGGUCUGCAAACUGUUUGGUAUGUGAGCGCUACUUGUUUCUGCACGCAGAAACCCAGCAUCACAACCCUGCAGAGACACCAAUAGUCACAAUCACAGAGAUUAAUAGGAAUACAUACCCUCGCUUCCGCCUACGCUGUUAAUCCAGCUUUGUGGUUAUUGUCAACAUAUUAAAAAAAAGGGGGUUAUGAAAAUACACAGAAAUCUAGAGUGGUUUCUAAAUGUGCAAUAACCUGCCAGAGCUAAAGGCACGCAAGUAAAUCCUCCCAAAAAGAGCUAAUCCCACUGUACAUUCUGCACAAACCACAGCACAACUGCGAGGCCCUGCUAUUGUGACACAAUAACAGAUGCGACACACCACAAAAAUACCACAAGGAGGAUUACAGGAUUCAGGAUGACACUCGGGCUCACAAUUAUGCCUCCUUUGCAGAAUAAUGCCCGCAGUCCAACGCAUUACAGGAAACAGAAAUGUAACCAAAACAGGUGGCAUCAGUUCUCAGCCUCCGGCCCAUUGAGUUUCUGCAUCGUAAACUUAUGUCACACGAGCCCAAAGGCCUCGCGAGGGACGUCGCUCUGUGAGGUUCCGCCGCCAUCUACAGGGGACUUUGGGCCACUUCAUGUUUCUCACACCGAUCCAACAUGGCUGCUCCCUCGCAGACGUUUCCUGGCUUCCUGCUCGUGUGAAGUGGGGACUGCAGCCACCAUGGAUGCAGAGGAGAUGGUCCACUGUGCCGUGCAGACAGAGAGCCCAGAGGAUCCCCCCGGCCUCCCUCGCCGGAUGUCUCCCCCGCAGGAGGCCGAGGGUGGGGGAGACACCUGCGCUGAUUCAGCACAGACAGGCAACAGCCGAGCCAAGCGUGCGCGACAAGAAGCCUCCUCCCCGGCGGCGGAAGCCGGCCUUUCUUCCUCAGCACAGGGCCCAUCCGCGUCGUGCGCUUUCUCGCCCGUGAGAUCCAAAUGUGUUCAGCUCCUUCUCGCUGCCCUCCGCCCCCAACUUCCCGACGGAGGCGCGGCCGCAGAGCUGGCCGGCGACAUCGAGCGGCACAUCCACGAGCUCCACAAACCCGCCAAGUACAAAGCACGCGUGAGGAGCAAGGUGGCCAACUUGAGGAAUCCUAAAAACCGGCACCUGGCCCGGGGCCUCCUGAGCGGCUCCCUGUCGGCCGAGGCCUUCGCCCGGAUGUCCGCGGAGGAGAUGGCCAACGCGGAGCUGCGGCAGCUCAGGGAGGAGUACUCGUCCCGGGGGGUCAGCGAGAGGCAGCUCCCUCGAGGGGUCGAAGGCACGCCGACGCAGAGGAUCCGCUGCAAAAGAUGCGGGGGGUCGGACUGUCGGGUGACGCAGGUGUCCAGGGGGACCCUCUUCCUGCCAGCGUGGGUGAGGCAGAGCGGCCCCGACGAGGACGCCGUGACCUUUGUGACCUGCAGCGCUUGUGGGCAGCAGUGGUACCACAGCGGCUGGGUCUGCCUCUAGAUACGAGUGUCGACCCAAAUGAAUGUGCAAAGUCUCUGGCAUGGAUUGAGAAACCUGCAGUGAUAAAAACAUUGUUCUCGUGGUUCCUGUUGUAGUCACUUGAAAAUGUCGACUUGAGCUGCAAAAUGAGCCCAACGUGUUUGUUUAAAUACUCCAAUAACAGUAUAACUAUACUUUUCUGCAGCCUCUUAAAUGUGUCGAGUAUUUUCUGCAACAUUGAAAGAGGAGGAAUGUCCCAGGGAUGCGGACACAAAGGACAGAGCCUUUUCUCGGCAUGGAGCACAUGUUUGGGAUUUAAACAAGACAUGUUUUUAGGAUGCAUCCUUUAUGUUGGGUGGGCAUUUACCAGUAAACGGAAAAAAAGACCAGUCA